AGCAACCGAAAUGUUGAAAAAAAGUGUGAUGUGUGAUCUAAAUAUAUUGAAUGUACUGAGGUCUAUUGGUGUGCUUCACUUCUGAUACUUGCUGUGGUUUUCAAGGGACAUUCAGUAUGUAGUUAAAAGUCAAAGUAGUUAGACAGACUAUUGUAGUCUGGACAUUUACAUUAUUCAUUCUCAUCAUGACUGGACACCUGCUGUUACUCGUCCUCAUGUAUUCAUUUUCUGAGAUCAGAGCACAAGCUCCUCCACCUAAACUGACAGUGAAUCCACCGGUGAUCACAGAGACAGACUCAGUCACAUUGAACUGUCAGACUCCAUUUGAUUCUGUGUCUCAGUGUUAUUUCUACACAGUGAAGGAACAAACUGUCAGAGUCUUCUCCUGUCUGAAGACACUGCCAGGGACUGAGCUGCUGUUGAUGACACAUCAGAGUUCACCUGCUGAGGUUAAAGUGAGAUGUUAUUACUCUGUGAAUCUCGGAGAGUUCAGUUAUACGUCUCCACACAGUGACAUAUCCUCCAUCACCAUAAACUUUCCUCCUCCACCUAAACUGACAGUGAAUCCACCGGUGAUCGCAGAGACAGACUCAGUCACAUUGAACUGUCAGACUCCAUCAUCUGUUUCUGUGUCUCAGUGUUAUUUUCACUUUAUGAGAAGAAAACCUCCCAAAACCCUCUCUUGUGUGAAGACACUGACAGGGACUGAGCUGCUGCUGAUGACACAUCAGACUUCACCUGCUGAGGUUGAAGUGACAUGUUUUUACCUUGUAGCUAAUCAUUCUCCAGAGAGUAACGUGUCCUCCAUCAGCAUACAAACUCCUCCACCUAAGCUGACAGUGAAUCCACUGGUGAUCACAGAGACAGACUCAGUCACAUUAAACUGUCAGACUCCAUCAUCUGUUUCUGUGUCUCAGUGUUAUUUCUACACUGUGAAGGAACAAACUGCCAAAGUCUUCUCCUGUGUGAAGACACUGACAGGGACUGAGCUGCUGAACAUGGCACGUCAGAGUUCACCUGCUGUGGUUGAAUUGACAUGUUAUUACACUGCAGAGCACAGAGGAGGACAAUAUCAGUCUCUGCAAAGUAACAUAUCCUCCAUCACCAUACAACCUCCUCCACCUAAACUGACAGUGAAUCCACCGGUGAUCACAGAGACAGACUCAGUCACAUUGAACUGUCAGACUCCAUCAUCUGUUUCUGUGUCUCAGUGUUAUAUUUACACUGUGAAGGAACAAACUGCCAAAGUCUUCCCCUGUGUGAAGACACUGACAGGGACUGAGCUCCUGAACAUGGCACGUCAGAGUUCACCUGCUGUGGUUGAACUGACAUGUUAUUACACUGCAGAGCACAGAGGAGGACAAUAUCAGUCUCUGCAAAGUAACAUGUCCUCCAUCACCAUACAACCUCCUCCACCUAAACUGACAGUGAAUCCACCGGUGAUCACAGAGACAGACUCAGUCACAUUGAACUGUCAGACUCCAUCAUCUGUUUCUGUGUCUCAGUGUUAUUUUUACACUUUGAGUGGAGGAACCAAAGUCUUCUCCUGUCUGAAGACACUGACAGGGACUGAGCUGCUGAACAUGGCUAAUCAGAGUUCACCUGCUGUGGUUAAAGUGAAAUGUUCUUACGCUGUAAAACUUGGAGAGAAAACCCCUCAAUCUCCGUACAGUGACAUAUCAUCCAUCACCAUCAACACUGUCCUUCCACCUAAACUGACAGUGACUCCACCAGUGAUCACAGAGACAGACUCAGUCACAUUGAACUGUCAGACUCCAUCAUCUGUUUCUGUGUCUCAGUGUUAUUUAAACAUUGGAGGAACCAAUCAGGUCCAAACCUUCCCCUGUGUGAAGACACUGACAGGGACUGAGCUGCUGAACAUGGCUAAUCAGAGUUCACCUGCUGUGGUUAAAGUGAAAUGUUCUUACGCUGUAAAACUUGGAGAGAAAACCCCUCAAUCUCCGUACAGUGACAUAUCAUCCAUCACCAUCAACACUGUCCUUCCACCUAAACUGACAGUGACUCCACCAGUGAUCACAGAGACAGACUCAGUCACAUUGAACUGUCAGACUCCAUCAUCUGUUUCUGUGUCUCAGUGUUAUUUAAACAUUGGAGGAACCAAUCAGGUCCAAACCUUCCCCUGUGUGAAGACACUGACAGGGACUGAGCUGCUGAACAUGGCUAAUCAGAGUUCACCUGCUGUGGUUAAAGUGAAAUGUUCUUACGCUGUAAAACUUGGAGAGAAAACCCCUCAAUCUCCGUACAGUGACAUAUCAUCCAUCACCAUCAACACUGUCCUUCCACCUAAACUGACAGUGACUCCACCAGUGAUCACAGAGACAGACUCAGUCACAUUGAACUGUCAGACUCCAUCAUCUGUUUCUGUGUCUCAGUGUUAUUUCUACACUUUGAGUGAAAAAGCUUUCAGAGACUUUCCUUGUCUGAAGACACUGACAGGGACUGAGCUGCUGUUGAUGGCUAAUCAGAGUUCACCUGCUGUGGUUGAAAUUACAUGUUAUUACACUGUAAAGCUUGGAGAGAAAACCUCUCAAUCUCCACCCAGUAACAUAUCAUCCAUCACCAUAAACAAUAUUGUGGAAACAGUGUCAACCACAGUGCAGAGUAUGUCAACAUUAACUAUGACAGAAACAGUUACCAGAGAGACUAAUACAGCUGGUAUAGUUACUCUGACCUCUGCCAACAACACUGUGAAAACAGCAUCAGACAGCAAUGUCACAGUAAGAUGGAUGUGGAAGGUCCUUGUGGCUGUGACUGGUCUUGGAGUAACUCUGGGUGUCACCUCACUGGGACUGGUGCUUCUGUGCACCAAAAGAAGAAGUGGAAAAUGUUUCAACAAGAGAUCACAAGCCAGCGUUAGCGGUGAUAUAAUGAUGACAAAUACUGACUAUGGAAGAUUGUUACCUCCAGGUAAUGGUGAAGGCUACAGUAUGGUCAGCUCUGUACGUGAUGCUGAUGGUCCUUCAGGUUCUGAGAAACUGAACAAUUGGGAUCCUCAAAAUCAGGAUUCUGACACAUACCAUAUGUACUCCACCAUCUCAGAGGAGCCAGCUCCAUCAGCCCUGAAGGAUGCGGGCUACAGCUCCCUGCAAGCACACUGACACUCAAACUUUCUGAAACUGUAGAGACAGAGAACAGAAGAACUAUUGCAAUUUGAAACUUUAUGUAUAAGGCUGGAACUGCAAGAUUAAUAACAUCUAGACCAGUGCUAGACUACUAUCAGUGGAAAAAAUGUUGUCACUGAGGGUUAUUCAGGGAGAAACUAUGUUUUCUACAGAGUAUGAUGAUGUACAACAACUUCCUGUCUUCUGCUUUGUAAUUUGAUAUAUUUUGUCCUUAUGGUUUCUGUAUAUAAACUAAUAUACAUA